CUGUUUUGGCACCUCCACUUGCUUUUUUAAUCAUAAAAGUUAAAAUUCAAUUCAAUUCGUUUGCUUGACGUUCACGGACGUGUAUCCGCACACAGCACUUACUCGAAUAUUUUUCGCAAUACAUAUAUCAAAAUUCUCCGUGUGGAUUCGAUGCUAAUCUGGAUGCAACACUAAAUUGCCUGUGUUACUAAUCAUUCCUUUGCGACGCAAAAUUCUCAGUGAAAUAAAAAAAAAACGCACCUAAAACAACAGAAGCAACAGCAGCAACGAAUCGUUGAGGCAGUGAUUCCAAAAAUAUUAAUAUAUUUUCGUUGGCAAAAUUGGACAAGCUUCUCGACGGAAUUGAAUAAGCAAUAAUCAUGUUGUUAAAAGUGCCAUCUGUGGACUGGACGGAUCAAAUUAUUUACGUGGUGGACGACGAUGAGUCGCUGUCAGACAUCGACGAUGAGCCAGAUUUCUCCGAAUACAUGUGGAUGGAGAACGAGGAAGAGUUUGACAAGAACGAACUUCAACGCCUUGAGGAGGAGGAAAUGAUGCAGGAGUGCUUCGAAGCCAUGAUCGAAGACGAGCUGGAAGAGCAGAUUAACGAGUGGGAAAAGGCCAAAACGGAAGAACAGAACACGGCGCUUUCCGCACUGCCAAAGAGCCAGUGUAACGUGGAAAAGUCUAUUCUGAACCCCAUGGCCGAUGAGUUUGUUCCCCGUAGUCAUAUAAUGGAUUUUCCCGCAUCAUAAAGCCAGCUAAUGCUUGCCCGUCCCCACAAGUUCGCAAACCCCCCGCCCCAUGACAAGUGGACCUCAUUUGCGCAAAUCCUAAGAAAUCAUAAAAGAUCCUUUUUGCAAAAGGCUCGCCAUACGAUUUCGCCAAUGAGAUUGAGAUCGAUAUUCUGACCAAGUUGAGCAGCUAGAGCAUUCGGAGGAACCAUCUACCAAUGAACAUCUACCUACUAGAUACCAAAAAAAAAUAUAAUCAAAAACUCAGUUGGUUCCUGACUCCAAUGCUAGCGACCGAAAUGCAAACGAAUCAUAUUUUUAAAAUUCAUUAUAAAAAAAAGUACAAUAUCAUUGAAAAAAAAUAUAAAAAGUUUAAAACGGAAAAGCA